UCGCGCAUUCACUGCCGGAUCGUUCACCGCAGCAGCGGCCCCCCGUUGCAGUUUGUUCGUGGGAGUGGGCCACGUGUUCCUCGUGCCCCGUGCCAUCUGCCAAACUUCAUUAUCCUGGAAUUACAACGCCUCAGUCCGUGCAGUUCGAGCAACAGGUUGCGAAGUGUCGUCCCGAAGUUCGCCGCGUGUGCACGGUAAUCAGCAGCGUCGCGACGCCGAUCAAUAUCAACGUGACGACGUCAUACUGUGGAAAAGUUACAACCAGUAUCGUCAGUGUUCAGUGAUUUUUGCAAUGCAGCUGCCCAUGAGGAGAUACUAAAUUCCUCUUCUUUACCAUCCGCGUUUCUCGGAAUACUGAUCUAACAAUAUUUUCACAGCUUUAAUCGAGACACAAGUGAUUAUGGCCGGGAAAACCGACGGACGUGAGCCGCGAGACACCGAGUAUGGAACGGUUCAAUAUGAGGAGACGGAGGGGCCCAGCUGGAUGUUUUGGAAGAAGAGACGAUACGUCCUGGCAAUAUUGGCCUUCUUCGGCUUUUUCACGAGCUACAUUCUUCGGGUGAAUUUGAGCAUCGCCAUCGUCGCCAUGACCGCGAACAACACAAAAAUCGACGCUGACGGCAAUACGUACUACGAGCAAGAAUUCGACUGGGACUCGAAACUCCAGGGGUUGAUACUGAGUUCCUUCUUUUACGGUUACAUCACGACGCAACUGUUCGGCGGAUUGCUGGCAGCGAAAAUUGGGGGCAAAAGAGUUUUCGGUGGUGGCAUAGCCGUAACAGCCCUUCUAACCGUCAUCACUCCACCCCUAGUGCGAGUGAACGUUUACAUUCUCGUUGCUUUGCGAAUCAUCGAAGGCAUAUUCGAGGGUGUCACGUAUCCAUGCAUUCACGCGAUAUGGGCGAAGUGGGCACCGCCCUUGGAAAGAUCGAAGCUGGGCACCCUGGCGUUUUCCGGAAGCUUCAUAGGAACCGUCGUCGCGAUGCCGGUAAGCGGUAUCAUGGCUGAUCGCCUAGGAUGGGCUUCGGUUUUCUACUCCUUUGGAGCAUUCGGCCUCAUCUGGUACAUCGUUUGGAUGAUUUUUGUCACCGACGACCCGGAGGACGACCCGUACAUCACGAAAGCAGAGAUCAGACACAUAAAGGGGUCGCUUAACCAGGUUGACAACGAGAAAGUUAUUCAUCCUUGGAAAGACAUCGUAACCUCGAUGCCAGUCUGGGCAAUUGUUGCAGCUCACUGCAGUGAGAAUUGGGGAUUUUACACGAUGCUGACACAGCUGCCAACAUUUUUAUCGGAUACACUGGACUACAAACUUGAAAAGAGCGGAUUUGUAUCUGCGCUACCCUACCUGGCAAUGGCCAUAAUGCUUCAGGCUGGAGGAUAUGUUGCAGAUUAUUUGCGAGAGCGUAAAAUACUGACGACGACUCAGGUGCGCAAAACCUUCAAUUGUCUGGGCUUCGUCAGUCAAACGAUAUUCAUGAUGUGCGCGGCCUUUAUCAUGACUCCGGUCAGCGUCAUCCUCUGCAUCACGAUCGCCAUUGGUUUGGGGGGUUUAUCAUGGGUUGGCUUCAGCGUUAAUCAUCUCGAUAUUGCACCACAACAUGCGAGCGUUCUCAUGGGAUUUGGAAACACCAUGGCCACCGUACCUGGUAUCGUCAGUCCCAUCAUUACUGGAUACAUUGUCCAAAAUAAGUCCGCUGCCGAGUGGAGGAUAGUCUUUAUCAUCGCGGCAACGAUCUACAUAGCAGGUGCCGUAAUAUACGGAAUAUUCGCCUCUGGAGAGGUUCAGCCGUGGGCAAUGAAGUCGAGGAACAAAAACGAGACGGCGUACGACAAUCCGGCCCUCGAAGUGGAUACUUUCACGAAGUGAACAUGUCGGCGGUUUCAGAAACUGCAUAAUUCUCGCAUUCUUCUCGUCUUCCGUACCA